AUGUCUUCUUUCUUUACUGUGCCUGCCUCGCAGCGCAAGCGCAAGAGAGACGACCGCCCUGCACCCCCGGCAACUAAGAAACGAGGCGUGGACGCAAAGAAGGAUGGAGGGAAAGCCUCACGACCUCGCGAACGAGAGGAAUCGAUUUCAGGAAGUGAUUUGGACGAAGAUGCCGAAAUUGACUCGGUAAUUUCGGGAGAGUCUGAAUCGGACUCGGACGAUGGCGAAACGGCUGCAGACCGAAGAUUGAAACUCGCAGAACGCUACUUGGAUAACGUUCGGGAAGAAGUCGAUGAAGUUGGAUUUGAUGCCGCAGAGAUCGAUCGAGACUUGAUCGCAGAGCGAUUGAAGGAGGAUGUGGACGAAUUUAAAGGACGAGCCUUCCGACAAAUUGCCGCUAAACUCUCGUUUUCCACAGCUUCUCAUUCAUUCUUCCGCGCAGAUACCCAGACUACUACUUCAAUCGCCGUUCAUGCGCCAUACGUUUACACUGUCUCGAAGGACAAGACCCUGAUUAAGUGGGAACUGGCAACACCCAGUGUUCCCGAGGCAUCUGGCGAGGAAUCCUCUUCGAAACGACCCCCACGACCGCAACGGAAGAAGCCGAAGCAGGUGAAGUACGCUCGAGGCAUGCGCAAGGUUGCUGAAACCGGUGAAGAACAAGGCCACACUGGAAGCAUUUUGUCUGUUGCUGUCAGCCCCUCGGGAAGAUUCGUUGCAACAGGUGGUGCGGAUAAGAAACUUGUUAUUUGGGAUGCGGAGACUUUGACUCCAACCAGGACUUUCACUCAGCACCGUGAUUCUGUCAGCAGUGUCGCCUUUGCUCGCCACAUUUCGGCUAUGAGCUCCGGAGAACAGCUUUUCACUGGUAGUUACGAUCGUACCAUCAAAACCUGGUCUAUUAGCGGAGCUGGCCACGCCUAUGUUGAAACACUCUUUGGUCACCAAGACCAUGUGACUGGAGUGGCGGCAAUGACGAUUGAUCAGGCUAUUAGCGUUGGUGCAAGAGAUAGAACAGCGAGAUUAUGGAAGGUCGUCGAGGAGGCACAACUUGUCUUCCGUGGUGGUGCUUCGAAGAAGGCACCUUACAAGGAGAGCAACAUUGACUGUAUUGCUGCUCUUCCGCCGGCGCAUUUCGUCACUGGCUCUGACUGUGGAUCUAUCUGUCUCUGGUCGAUGCAUAAGAAGAAGCCUCUUUACACAGUUCACUUGGCACACGGUCUGGACCCUAUCCCGCCAUUGGAACAAUUAUCUCCCGAGGUCGACAGAGAGACCGCUGCUCAUAAUACCCGGCACAUGCGCCCCAUGCCUCGCUGGAUUACCGCUCUCGCUACUCUUCCCGGUACUGACAUCGUCCUGAGUGGUAGCUGGGAUGGUUCUAUCCGCGCAUGGCGCAUCCCAGAAGAUAAGAAGACUAUCAUCCCAUUGGGCCCGGUGGGUCUUGGUACUUCUGGCCUGUCAGCUCCCGAUACACCUUCCCAGCAGCUCAACCAAUCUCUCGCCAGUGGUACCCCUGGUGUCGAUGUCAUGGAUAUUGAAGGAAACUCCCAGCAGAACGCGGUUUCCGAAGAGCCGUUAAUCAAGGGUGUGAUUAAUGAUAUCGCCGUUUUCGAGCGUCGCCCCGAGUCAGAACAGCCCCAAUCCAAGGGUUCCAGAUCACAAACCGGCCCUGAACCCCGGGGCUUGUGCAUUGUCGCAGCGGUUGGCAAGGAGCACCGACUAGCGCGGUUCAAGCACUUUGCCAACAACUACGAAAAGGCUACUCCAUCGGAUGGUCGCAACGGUGCAGUGGUCUUCGAGGUCCCGUUCGCAUCUCUCGUUGAUGCAGAGGCCGAUGUAUAA